GCCUUUUGACAGUUCUCCCGCGGUGAACAAAACAAAUUUCACACGUGCGUUCCGGGUUUCGGUUCGAAAUUCCGAAGUUAUCUUUAAUUUUGUUAAAAUCAGUUUGAAAUCCGCCCAAAAUGGUUUUCUUCACGUGCAACCACUGCGGCGAAUCGCUCAAGAAGCAAGCCGUCGAAAAGCACGGCUGGAAGUGCAAGCGCGAGAUCAACGUGAGCUGCAUGGACUGCCAGAAGGACUUUGCCGGGAAGGCGUACGACGCGCACACCAGCUGCAUCACCGAGGCGGAAAAGUACUCCGGCAAGGAUUACGUUCCGAAGGCGAACGCCAACAAGGGUGCCAAGAAGCAGGACGCCUGGCUGACCACGAUCCGCACCAUUACCGAGGGCAAGCAGAACCUCUCCAAGGGCGUCUCCGACGUGUUCAACGUGAUCGCCAAGAACGACAACAUUCCCCGCAAGCAGAAGGGAUUCAUGAACUUUUUCCAAAACUCGGCCAAGCACAUCCGGCGGAACGACGUGGAGGCGGCCUGGACGUUGCUGGAGCAGGAGGUCAAGAAGAAUCAAAGUAACGGACAGCAGCAACAAAAGAUUGCAAACGGAACCGUUCAGAACGGAAACCAGAAUGGAACCAGCGAGGCCAAGAAGCGCAAACUGGAGGAAGAGGAACCGGUGGAGCAGGAGGCGGAGACGCCCGCCAAGAAAAAGUCGAAAAAGAAGCAAAACGGACACGUCGAAGACGAGCAAAGUCUGGUGCAGAACGAAGAGGAGGCGGAUUGUAACGGAAGCAACGGUCAUCAGGCGGAGGACAAGUUCAAGUGGACGGAGGUGAUCCGGUCUACGCUGGUGGCCAAGAAUAACGAGAUGAAGCUGAGUAAGCUGCGCAAGAAGGUACUGAAAAAGUAUCAGCAGUUUGUCGGUUGUGGAAACGACCUGAGUGAUAAGAUCGACCGGAAGUUUAGUAAGAAGAUUACUAAGCUGGGAUGUGUCGUGGAUAACGAGACUGUGCGAUUGAUUGAUUAGUUAAGGGUUAAUAAAGCGAUAUAUUAUACUGA